UAGCACUUCCCAUUUAUACGGCAACGCCGACAAUAAUAAAUACAAACAAUUUUUUUUAUAAUUGUGGUUAUUAAUUAGUGUUUUGAUAAUGUCUGACAUUUCUAAAAAUAAGCAAAAAACUAAAAGAACUAAUGGUUGGGAAGAAGCAGGUUGCGAGUUUUAUCAAGAGAAUUAUUGUGCAGAUUGGGAUGGUUUCGCUAAAAACCCUAUAGCAAUAACUACUUUACUACCGUCAAAACAAAACAGGCUAGGCACUUCAAAGCGGAAUUACACCCAGCUGGAUCGAAAACAGAAAAUUUGCUGGCAACAGUUUCCUUCAACUACACAAAGAAAUUAUCAACAGAAUGAUGGGCAAUUUUCUUUGCUACCUGACUUAUCCCAAGUCAUUAAUGACGAGGAACAUAUAUGGGAAGAGAUGUUUCAAAUUAAACAAUUACCAUUAGCAAUGCACCAAAAAAAGGAAUUUAAAUUGGAUUUGCAGAAUGCAACCAAACUACGUCUGCAAGGAUUUAACCAACUUAAAUGGAAACAUCGCAAAGCUUGGCAAAAAAUUGCUUUAGAGUGGACCAAAUUUAGUACUAUUAUUAAAUUGUGGCAGUCAUCUUUGAAGGAUAUCGAGGGACAUUUUGGUAGUGGUGUAGCUGCAUAUUUUAUAUUUUUACGAUGGCUUUUUUAUCUUAAUUGUGUUACAUUCUUAUUAAUAAUUAUAUUUGUAAUAAUUCCAAAUAUUAUGACAUAUGAGAAAUAUGACAAAUGUAAGCUACCACAAAAUUUAAAUCGGUCAAAUAAUUGUCUUACACAAGAUAUUGAUCGAAAAACAUAUAUGGAUUUAAAGAGCGGUGGAUCGUUCAAUCUUCUUGAUAUCGUACAAGGAACUGGAGCACUGGAAAUAUCAUUGAUGUUUUAUGGAGGAUAUUCCAAUAAUACAGUUGGAAUUGCGUUUAAAGACACCCUCAACUCCACUUAUAAUGAAAAUCAACAUUCAUUCUAUUACGACCUUUCUUCUGCAUAUAUAUUCGCUGUGCUUGGUUAUUUUACAACUACUUUAAUUUUCAUUGUAAAAGCAUCUGCCCGUGAGUUCAAAGAUCGUCUUAUUAAUGGCCGAUGGCAGUUUUACCAGUAUUGCAACCUUGCUUUUGGUGGUUGGGACUUUUGUAUUCAUAAUGAAAAAUCAAGUGUUAUUAAGCAUAAAGCAGUCUUUAAUGAAUUCAAAAGCUCAAUUCAUUCUAAACGUAUUGAAACUGAAAGAAAUAAUCGCUCGAAUGACUAUAUGUUAAAACUUAUUAUGAUACGAAUUAUUAUUAACAUUUCUGUUGUUCUUAUAUUAAUUCUCUCCGCAUAUGUAAUAUUUUUACUCUUUAAUAUGAGCUUGAAUCAAGGUCAUGGUAAAUUUAUCACUAUUAAUUAUGAAGAAGUGAAUUCAUUUGAUACUGUUAAUGUUGAGAGGUCUAUCUCUUUACAACUUCUUGAGCUAUUCUUUGAUUUUGCACCAUAUAUUUGCAUUGUUUUUUUAAAUCUUUUACUGCCAGCUUUUUUUAAAUAUCUGUGUUCUUUUGAAAAGUAUUCUCCUUUGUUUGUGAUAAAAAUCAGUUUAAUCCGCAUGAUAUUUUUAAGAUUAGCUUCUUUAUUUAUUUUACUAAGCCGAUUCUAUUAUAUUGUAAUACCAAACUCGGACACUCUUUUUACGAAAUCUGUUCCAUACAACUGUUGGGAAACAUUUGUAGGUCAGCAAUUCUACAAGCUCGUUUUAACAGAUUUCUUCAGUCAUUUGUUUGUAACUUUUUGCUUCAACCUUCCCCGUGCUAUAUUAGCAAUAUAUUUUAAUAAUAAUUUCGUUAAAUUUACUUGUGAGCAAGAGUUUGAACUUUCUAAACAUGCUUUGGAUAUUGUAUAUUUGCAAACAAUUUGCUGGAUAGGAAGUUUUUAUAUGCCUUUUUUGCCGGCUUUAAUUAUUGGAAUUAUGUUUCUAAUGUUUUACAUAAAAAAGUUUCAAUGUCUCAUAAAUUCAAAACCAACUAAAAUACUAUAUGGAACUUCACGCUCUAAUUCGCUAUUUAUGUCUGUCCUGUUAAUAUCAUUCAUUGUUUCUGUAAUUGUAUUAACUUAUGCCUUUGCUGAAGUAUCACCUUCUACGUCAUGUGGACCUUUUAAAGAACUAAAAACAGUAUGGGACGCUCCAUUGUCGACUUUCAUGAGGAUGCCAAUAUUUGUCAAAGAUUUUGUAUUUUUCUUCGGAACACCUGGAUUUGUUAUACCUUGUUUUUUUAUUCUAAUCCUAUUACUUUAUUAUUUUUACGCCGUAUCGGAUGCCAAUAAAAAUAUGGUGGAGGUUUUGAAAAACCAGUUAGUAUUAGAAGGACAUGACAAAAAAUUUCUAUUAACCCGACUCUUAUUGACUCAUCAAGAUACGCAAGAAUAAAUUAUUAUAGAAAUUUACUUCAAACACAUACAAAGUAUAUACUCAUAAAGUACUAUAAGAACCGUAUAGGUAUAUUAUAGAGAAAUAUGCGCUUUAAGUUAAUCAACACUAAUGUAGAAUGUGUUUUAAAAAAUUGUCUACCGUCAAACUCGACACGAUACUCAUUAAAUACCAAAAAGCAACCAAUGGUUAUAAAUAAAGAACGGAUAACGAACCAAAAUAAA